GUUUGAAAGUCAUGUAAAUGAGAAUAUAUUGUAUUUACUCAAAAACAAAGGACUUCUUAUUUCGAAGGAAAAUCUUGAGAUAAAUUGCCAAAUAGGAAAAGGAAAUUUUGGUGUUGUUUAUGAGGGUUCCUUUACGAAUACGGAAAAAGAUUUAGAAAUAAAAGUUGCAGUCAAGACUUUACAUCAAAGCAACCCUAGGGAAAUAGACGUUGAUAAUUUUCUGGAUGAAGCUAUUAGAAUGCUCGAGUUCAAUCAUCCUAACGUCAUGACAUUGAUAGGAAUUUGCUUAUCCCUGGAUGAAAUGCCCCUGGUGGUUUUACCGUAUAUGAAACAUGGAGACCUUCUUUGCUACAUCCGGAACGACAAAAAUAUGCUUACUCUUCGGAAUCUGAUUGAAUUCGCUACGGAUAUUUCAAGAGGAAUGGAGUAUCUGUCAAUUCAGAAAGUAGUGCAUCGGGAUUUGGCGGCUAGAAAUUGCAUGCUUAGUGAGUGCUACCGUGCAGUAGUAGCCGACUUUGGAUUGUCACGUGACAUUUAUGAGAAAGAUUACUACAGUAGUAACAACAGGAAAACAAGAUUACCGGUAAAAUGGAUGGCUCCAGAGAAUCUUGAGAAGGGGAUAUAUAGCCCCAAAUCGGACGUGUGGUCCUUUGGGGUCGUUAUGUGGGAGCUUCUUACAAGAGGAAGUAAGCCAUACCCGGAAGUCGAUGGUUGGGACAUGUUAAAGUAUUUAAAGGAUUCUAGACGGUUGCCAAAACCGGCGAAAUGUCCAGAGUUGCUAUACACUAAAAUGAUUAAUUGUUGGAAUCUCGAUCCCGAUCAGAGACCGACAUUUUCAGAUCUGGCAGAACAGCUUUCAGAAAUAGUUUCUCCAACAGAUGACGAGUUUGAGACACAUUCAGAUUACCAAAGUCUCCAAAAUACAUACAUCAACACGGGAAUAGAGGGGUAUCUGGAACUAGAAAAUUAA